AUGCCUGCACAGCUCUUUCAACGAUGGUGUGGCGCACUGGUGCGCGCGGCGUCCGUGGCACUGGCACUGGCACUGCUCGUCCCGGCAGCGAGUGGCGCCGUUGGCGCUGCUGCGGCAGCGAUGACGGUGACGACGACCCCGUUGCUGCCGCUGCUCGACGUGCCGUUCCACGCGGACGUAACGGGGAUUGGCAGGGGGCACAGGCUGUUCCUGUCCCGCCGGAGCGACUGCAGUGGCGCCUCGGGAGUGACGUCGGUGUGCACCCUUGGGAGCGUAGUGGAGGGCGGCAGCUUCGUGAACGGGACGUGCGUGUUCACGGUGACGAGUGAGGCGCUGGGCGUCGACUUGACAAGCCCUCGUCCCACGGUUCCUGCGGUGCACUGGUGCAGCAGCGCGCACCCCGGCGCGUCGGUGGGCACGCUGCUGCUGAACGUAAUGGCAGUCUCUCAGCCGUUUAUGUUUGUCCACGUGGAGACGACGGUACGCGUCAACGACGCCACGCCGAUCGGCACUACAGUGGGCUUCUACGUCAGCAGCACCUGCGUUACACCGCUGACGAUCCCCGAGUCCGUUACCAUCUCGGCCACCCGUAACAUAACAUUCAUAGCAACCGGCGCAGUGCCCAUGUACGUGUGCGCCACGAUCCCCAGCAUCAACGGAUCCGUGACAGCAUUGGCACUUCGAGGAGUAGUCGCUGGUGCGCCAGUCUACACUGUCCAGCCUUCUCAAGGGGUGCGUCAUCGCACCAUCUCGAUGACAUCAACAGCGAAAGGCGCUGCUGAGGUCUCGCUUUCCCGAGACAGAGCUUGCAGCACAUUGGCGCAGCCCGCGCAGCUCGCAACGCUGAGCGAGCACUUCAGCUUCCGCAUUGACGCACCAGCCGGCACCUACUACCUCUGUGCUGCCACGAGCAGCGGCAUUUACACGCCGUCUAACAACAGCUUCACGGUGGAGGAGUACGACGUGCAGCCGCACACGAUGUACGCGACCCUCGAGACUCCGCUGACCUACGGCCUGGAUGCGACUGGCCGUGAGGAGCAGCUGGAGCUGGCGCUGUCGACGACGGCGGACUGCAUGGGCGGCUCGCUGGCGAUUCCCUGGGGAGCAUCGAUGUCGUGGGCGGUGCCCAAGGGGGGCGCGUACUACGCCUGCGUGCGGGACCGCGGUGAGGCGAGCACUGCCGGGUGCGUGGGCGCGAUUGCCGUGACAGACGCGCCGGCGCUGACGUUCUCGCCGUCGCCUGCGGUGCUCGGGCUGCCGGUGUCUGCGACGGUCAGCCACGCGCUCGGCCAGGAGGCGGUGUUCAGCGUGCGCCUGUCGGAGAGCGGGUCGUGCGACUCGGCGGGUGUCACGGGCGAGACGCCGCGUGGCAGCGCGACGGCGACGGUGCGGGUGCCGCUGAGGAUGCCGGAGAGCGUGACGUACUGUGUGUCCAACCCGCUGGGGGACGGUGGCGGCGGCGUUGGCACGCCCGCCGGUGGCGCUGUGUACUACGCUCUGGGCACGCUGCGCACGCGCGCGUACCGCGUGGGCCACGGCGCUCUGCGCACGAGCACGCGGAUGACGAUUGUCCUGGACAGCGAGGUGUCGCUUGCCAGCGGGACGUCCGUGGCGCUCGUGCUGUCGCAUGACGCGAGCGGCGCUUGCCCGGAUGCGAUGGCGGCGGCGGCGGCCGUUGGUGAGGGGAGCGGCAUGAUGACGUUCGCUGUGUCGGGUGCGUCAGCGGCACUGACGCCUGUGGUGUUCGCGUCCUCGGGUGUGUGGCUGGUGUGCGUGUGGGAUGGUGUCAAGGGCGAUGCCGGCUACACUGCGGCUGCAGAGCUGCAGGUGUACAGCAACGUUGCGGCUGUAUCGACGGACAUGGUUCUGACGGGCGUCAGCACGGAGGUGACCGUGUCGCGUCUGCCGCCUGAUGCGCGGGUCACGGUAACGUCGAGCAGCACAUGCAGCUCGCCGAUGAAGUCCAUAGACACCGGCACCGCGAAUGGCAGUGGCGUCGCGGUGCUGAACGUGCAGUCCGCCUCGACAGGGCUGCUGCUGGUGUGUGUGGGGUACCCCACUGCGCGGGAGUGGUCGUCGACGGACACCGGUGUCGAGUACGCCCCUGCUGGAACGGUGCGCAGCGCGGAGGCGCGCGUGUAUCCGAGCAUUGCGUACGUGGGCGAGACGACGACGCUGAGCUUCGCUGGGAUUGGCGGCAUGUCGCUGGCGGGCCACACCGCUGUCCUCCUGCCUGGUGCGGCGUCGUGCGGCGGGCUCAACUCGAGGGUGCCGAGGCUGCGGCUGAGCGGACCGGACGCGACGUCGGCUGUGUCGUACGGGACGGUGGGCGGCGGCGCGCUGGCGCAGGGAGUCGUGUACCGCGUGUGCGUGGGGAAGUCUGUGGGCGACGGGUACAGCGACGCCGGCGUUGUGGCGUCGAUGGAGGUGCCGGCAGUGUCGACGGACCCGCCGGUGCCAGUGCGCGGGCUGCCCGUGCGGCUGCACCUGCCACCGCGCUUCACGAGCACUGCUGCCGUGACGUUUUACGUCGUGGUGGGCGGCGGGGCGACGUGCAGCGGGGACCUGAGCGGGGUCGAUGUGUACGGGAGCGGCUCUGUGGACCGUGUGAGCGGCGCUGCGGCUGCGUUCGUGGCGCCUGCGCGUGCGAGCGGCGUGGACGCUGUGCGCGUGUGCGUUGGCUCGAACGCGAGCCUCGUGUCGGACAGCCUCGGGUACGCGCUUGGCGCGACGCUGCGGCUGGAGCAGUUCCACACCUCGAUGGUGUACCUGCAGCGUGGCGUGCCGAACGCGCUGUCCGGUGCGCCGAUGGCCUCGAAGGGGUCGCUGCACGUUGUGGCGUGUGACGGCGCGGAGUGCGGCGCUGACGGCGCUGACGGCGUGUGUCGCGCGAUGAUGGCGCAGGGUGCGACGAGCUCUGCGACGUCUGUGCUGGAUGUGCCGCUGGGACCGUGCCUCCUGUGCCAACGCGUGACGUGGGGUACGGUGACGUCGGUGGUGGGCUCGAACACGACGGUGGAGGUGGUGGAGCCGUUCGGCAUGACCCUCUCCGUAGACCCCUCUGACAUUCGCGCGUACGUGCCGUUUGGUGUGACGAUGUCUGGCGGCCCUGGCGGUGCGUCGGCGGGACGCGCAGACUAUCGCCUCACCGUACAGCCGGCGUCUGUCCCGUGCGCCGAGAGCGCCGCGGAGUCGCAGAGCUUUGUGGUGGGUGGCGGCACGACGGAGCUCACCAUCACGGACAUCGCGCCGGUGCAGAGGAUCCACUUCUGCGUCCGACCGUCGCCUGUCGACGCCUUCGAGGUGCUGACUGGUACGCUGCGGCACUACAUGGCGCCUGCCGCGGUGGUCGGCGACCGUGCGACGACGCUGACGUCCGGCGGCGUGACGGGUGGCGCCACGGCGGUGCUGUCGCGCACGGCGGACUGCCUCGGGGGCGUUGCUGGCGGCGGCGCCACGCCGAUCGUGGACGGGAGGGCGACGUUCACUGUCGCGUCGUGCGGCGCGAACGCGGCGCUGACGUCGCUGUACUACUGCGAGGCUGCUGAUGGCGGCGCGUACGCGUCCCGCGGGGCCGUGGGGCUGCUGCGCGCGAGCGGGUGCGACGGUGGCGCCGGCGCGAGCAUUGCGGCGGUGGACGCGGCGCCUGGCGCUGCGAUCGGCCGCUUCGGGAUCGACGCCGCGUACCUGGCGAGGCCGCGGCUGUCUGCGUCGCCCGACUGCGGGGUGCUGCUGGACGCUGCGGUUGCGAGCGUUGGGUACGCGCCCGGGGCUGGCGAGCGCGCCGCGUUCCACGUGUGCGCGGUGCUCGUGGGCGACGCGAGCGUGACGUUCACGACUGCGCAGCCGACGCUGCACGUUGCGAACUGGGCUGUGUCGCCGACUGCUGCUGUGAGCCGGUACAACGCGACGCUUGGCGUUGCUGGCGCCGGCGCGGUGCGCGUGGACUACGCGACGCCGUCGAGCGAGACGUUCUUCAGCACUGCGCGCGACUGCAGCGUGCGGACGGCGAGUGCCGCGGGGCUGAGCGGCGCGUCGAAGACCGCGGCGUACCGCACGACUGGGGUGCGGGGGCUGGUGUACGUGUGCACUGUUGCGCCGCUGAGCGGGGAGACGCUGGCGGUGGCGCAGUUCCUGUCGGUGACGCCGCCGGCUGUGCGGCGCGUAUCGCCCGCUGUUGUGCGCGGCGCCGAGUACAGCGCGACGCUGGUGGUGGACGGUGCGCCGCCGGUGUACUCGAUGGUGCCUGGGGCGGACAGCGGGUACGCGCACAUCGGCUACUACACGAGCGCGAGCCGCGAGGUGUACAUGUCUGGCGACGCGUGCGCGAGUGCGCUUGCGGGGACGAGCGCGGCGACGGUGACGCCGAGCGGCAGCGUGUCGUUUGCAACGGCGGGGAUUGCGGCGAGCGUGAGGACCGUGUCGCUGUGCGCGGUGACUGCUGGCGGGCCGGCGGUGGUGCUGGCGGGCGUGGUCGUUGCGCCUGGCCGGGUGCACCCGACGACGCUGGUGUCUGGGGCGCUGGGUGCGCCGGUCUUCAUACCGAGCCUGGGGGGCGUGACCGUCCAGCUGAGCGCGUCUGCGAGCGGGUGCGGGUCUGCUGCCGGGAUGCCGAGCUUCACGACGGACGUGGAGGGCUACGGCACGGUGGACCUUGUGGGCGGCGACGGCGGCGCGCUUGCGCCGGGCACGUACACGCUGUGCUACGAUGGCGCGCUGCGUGGUGGCGGCGGUGCUGCUGCGACGGCGCUGGAGUCGGUGGUGCUUGUGCGGGCCUCGUACUUCGACGUGCGCGGGACGACGUUCGUUGUGGGCGUGGCGGGCCGGAUGCUGCUGCAGCAGGACCUGACGGCUGCGGCGCUUGUGCCCGGGUUCAGCACUGUGCGCAGCUGCACGUCUGUGUCGAGCGAGCACGGGGCGUGGGCUGCUGUGACGAGCACGUCUGUGUCGGUGACUGCGACGAGCGAGUACCGUGCUGGGCUGUACCUGUGCGCGCGUGCGCCGGUGAACGGGACGCUUGUCGCGGUGCCCGGGGCGUGGGCUGGGCAGCGGAGCGUGCGGUUCGCUGCGUCUGCGAUACAGCUGCCGUCUGCUGGGUGGGACGCGUGCACGACGUACACGCUGGACCGGUGCUACCCGCCGGGCGCGAGCGCGAGCAGUGCGACGUCGGUGCUUGCUGUUGUGCGCGGGGACUGCUGCGGCGCGUCGCGCACGAGUGCGGUUGUUGGGGAGGCGAGCAUGGCGAGCGGGACGUGCGAGCUGACGCUGGACUACGACAAGGUGUCCGCGUACCCCGCGGGGUCGACGUACCACGUGUGCGUGUGGGACAGCGCGGACGACACCGUGUGCACGACUGUGAGCGAGGCGCUGGUGAGCACGAACUGCACUCGCGGUGGCGGCGCUGGCCGCGGGCUGAGCCGUGGCGCUGUUGCCGGUGUCGUAGUUUUUUGCCUUUUAGUGUGUUGCUGCUUGGUGUGUGGGGCUGUGUGGCGCUUGCGGUAUUGGCGCAGGGAAACGGAGGCGGAGGUGGAGGUGGAAGUGGAGGAGUUUGAUGAGCCAUCAGUUGUGGCGAAGCCUUCCGGAUGUGUGGUUUCGAAGUUCCGCCUCCGGAGCUGCUCUCCCGACUCCUCUUUCAGAAGCUGCAGUGGCACCACGUCGUUAGCGGGGACGGAGGUGACUCUGAGGUUGAACCCUCUGCUGGUGAGUGCGGCGUACAACAGUGGGGCUGCGCUGCUGCCGGAUGAUCUUCCGAUCAUUCCCGUUACUGUCGACGAGAAGACGCGCAACCUGCCGAAGUUGGAGUGGGAGCACCGCCGACGUCUUGCUGCUCACCAGGGGGAGGCGUGGCGUGUGCUGCAGCGGCUGUGUGAGGCGGAACGGCAGGAGGUAAAAACUGAAGCGGUCAUUGUGUUCAAUGGUGGCGCCUACCCCAGUGAAUGUGCUGAGGAGUACACACGUCGUGGGUGA